AUGCCCAAGCUCGAGACGGAGAAGGCUUCGGCUCACAACACUGGGUUCAACUCGUCCUCCACUCUAUCUACACCCAUAACCGGGAACAACAGCCUUGGUCCCCAGAGUGCUACUAAUAUAUACACCCAAAUACACGAAACUGCAUCAAAACGGAUACAGACACUAGAUUACCUGCGUAGCGCUCACAAUGGCAGAGUAUACUGGUUUAACACCACACACUUCUCCAAAGCUGACCUCGCUCGCAUGCCCUACUUCGAGAAACGAAAACUCACCCGCCGUGCCAUAAAUUUCCUCUUCCUGGGAUUCUCCCUCCCGCCGAUACUGGAUGUCAGCUCGGGACUAUCCGAAUAUCUCAAAUCUCUCAACGCUCUCCUGCUCGAGUUCGAAUCCUUCCAACAAAUCCAUUCCGUGGAUGGGGGACCUGCUGCAACUCUGGCCCGCGCAAGGCUGCCGCACAUGUUCAAGCGGUCAGGCCAGUCCACCAAGGUGAGACGGACAAGCUCAGCUACCGAGAUCGGUCUGCCCAUGCAAUCAGGAGGAGUAGAUCACCACUCUGAACUUAAGCCCAUGGGUAACAUGGCCUCCGCAGGCGGUACCUCUGCAGUCUCCACGUUCCCGUCUAACUCUGAAUCACAGGAUCUGCUCCCUGGUGAAGAAUAUACAUUCCUCCUAACGCCUUCAUUGCCCUUUGACCCUGACUACUUUGAGAUAUUCGCCACUUUAUGCGAUGUGCUUAUCGACUGCUAUUCGAGGCUGGUUUCUCUUGUUUCUCACCCUAGCCUUUGCAAUGCUGCCAUGGGGGAGCUCUUUACCAAGGCUGAUGCAAAGAUACGAAAAGUAAUCGUAAGCGGUAUUGUUAGAGAGUUUGAGGAUGCCAGUCGAGCCAGCGCGAAGAGCGAGGUUGCUGGCGUUGGACGUGUGGUUUUAGGUGGACUGCUGGGCUAA